AUGACCCGUGGCACAUCGGGUUCGCUCAGUAAAACAACCAGGCAGUCGGUGCCCCCGUUUCUGCAGAAACUCUAUGAGCUGGUUAGCGAUUCUGCAACAGACAACCUAAUACGGUGGUCAGAAAAUGGCGACUCCUUCUUUGUCCUUGACCACGAACGCGUGGCUCACGAUGUCCUACCUCGAUGGUUCAAACACAGCAACUUCGCUUCCUUCGUCCGACAGCUCAACAUGUACGGCUUCCACAAGAUCCCCCACCUUCAGCAAGGCGUCCUCAAAUCCGAAACAGAGACAGAAAUAUGGAACUUUGAACAUCCCAACUUCCGUAGAGGGCAACCAGAUCUACUCUGUCUCAUCACACGCAAAAAACAGGCUCAGGACCGCUCGGCAGAUGACACUGCAAUUCCCGGGACCAUGGUCGACAUAAACUCGAUUAUAAAUGGUAUUACUGCGAUUAAGCGCCACCAAGCCACAAUAUCUGCCGAUCUCAAUGACCUAAAAGCUUCAAACCAACAUCUCUGGCAGGAAGCUCUGGAUGCUCGUGAACGCCAUCAGAAACAGCAAGAUACCAUCAAUCGCAUUCUUAAGUUCCUCGCGGGUGUCUUUGGAAAUGCCGCCGCCCACAAGGGAAGCCCGGUUGGUGGACCACCACAUGCCGGCAUCCCUCGGAAGCGGCAACGUCUCAUGAUUGAGGGCGCCGCGGAUCCCGUUAAGAACAAACCACAGGAGCCCUUAGACGGAGUUGAGCCGAUGAACGAUGAUAUCGAAACUGACGCAAGCACACCCACAAGUGAGUCUUCCUAG